AUGACGGCGUACAUGGUGCUCUCCCUGGUCCAGCUCUCGGGUCAGGAGAACAUGGAGCAGGCGGCGCGAGCCGUCAAAAGGAUCAACAGGCAGCGCAACAGUCUGGGCGGCUUCAUCUCCACACAGGAUACGAUCGUGGCGCUACGGGCACUAACGGAGUUUGCCAAACGUACUUUCUCCUCGGAAUUGUCCACUCGCGUGACAGUCAGUGCUGGUGGAACUCCUUCCACACUCGUGGCGGACUCGUCCAACCGACUUCUGCUGCAACAAGAAAAAGUGGCCGAUUUUGAGCUGCCAGCUGAGGUCAUCUUUACCAUCAGCCCGGCCGGCUGCGUCAUCUACCGCACCAGCUUCCGCUACUCCAGCCGCGCUCGAGUGCCGAAGCCGGCCUUCUCGUUGGCGAUGACUUCUGAGGUUCGUCCCAGCCGUUCUCCAGGCAGUUCGUAUAACCUGGAGGUGUGCUUCGCCUACAUCGGGGACUCUGGCGGAUCAGAUCGUGUCGUGCUGGAGGUGGAGAUGCCCUCGGGCCAUAUCGCCAUCAGCAGCACACUGAGACGUCUCCGAAAAACCGGCGCCUGA